AAGAAACAUAGAAGAGCAAGAAAAGAUGGUCGAAAUCAAGUCCGAAAUAGUUUCUAGGCAGACCAUCAAACCCUCACACCCAACUCCUCCCCACUUGAAAACCUUCAAGCUCUCUCUUCUCGACCAAAUCUCUCCUGACAUCCAUAGCAACAUGAACUUCUUCUUCCCUUCAAAUAACACCUCCCAUUCCAUCUCUAACCGUGAUUUCUUUCACAAAUCCAUGCUCCUCCAAGACUCAAUCUCCAAAACACUCUCCCUCUUUUACCCGCUGGCCGGACGUCUCCGUGAUGCUGCCACCGUCGAUUGUAACGACGAAGGUGCUUUCUUUGUGGAAGCUAGAGUCAACAUCCAACUAUCCCACUUCCUCAGUCAACCCGACUUGAAUCUCAUGGAUCAUUUCUUACCUACCACUGAUCCCAUGACCAUGGACUUAUCCAAUGGUGCCAUGUUCCUUGUUCGGUUUACUAGCUUCACCUGCGGUGGCGUGGCGAUCUGUUUCUCCCUCACUCACAAACUCGCCGAUGUAUCUGCUCUACACACUCUUGUUCAAACGUGGUCAUCGGUUUGCCGUGGCUCGAGUAACCCGAUUACCCCCCUGCUUAUCGGAGAAAAUUUUUUGGCACCCAGAGACGAAUUCCAUGGCAUGUCUGCAACUGUUAACAUUGCCUCUGAAAAGUUUGUGCAGAGGAGAUUUGUGUUUAGUGCAUCAAAGAUUGCAGAACUGAAGGCUAGAGUUAGUCAUGAAGUUCUGCAAAGCCGAUUCUCUCGCGUGGAGGUUGUUUUGGCACUGUUAUGGAAAUGUGCCGUGGCUACCAAGAUACAAAAAAUAGGGUCAUUCAGGCCGACGACAUUGUUCCAAGCUGUUAAUUUGCGUAAAAGGUUGUCUCCUCCGUUACCGGAAACUGUGAUUGGGAACUUCAUAUGGCCAAUUAUGGUGUCUGCAUAUGAAGAGAAAGAUUUAGAGCUACAUGAGGUAGUGAUUCAGCUGAGAAAACGUUUGAACGAAUUCAACAACACUAAGGCAAAUAUGUUCAGAGGAGAAGAUGCUCCACUGGCAAUCAUGGAGGCCAUAAAAGAGAGAAGAGAGUUCAUUAGAAGCAACAAGGAAAUGGAGGUUUACAAGUGUUCAAGUUGGUGCAAGCUGCCUCUGUAUGACAUUGAUUUCGGGUGGGGAAAGCCGAUGUGGGUUGUCAGCGUAAACAGAUUGGUGAACAACACGAUUGCUUUGGCGGACACAAAUUCCGGUGAUGGAAUUGAAGCUUUAGUUACUUUGGAUGAAGAAGAAAUGGCCCUGUUUGAACAAAAUGAACAACUUCUGAAAUAUGCUAAUCCCAACCCCAGUAUUUACGCUUUCUACAAUUCAAAUUAUAAUUGCCGUCUGUGAUUUUGUUCCUUUUGUUUUAUCUUUUACAAUGGUUUGAUCAGAUCAUGGUG